AUGGAUGAAGAGGUUGUCCCUCUAGGCCACGACGUGCAGGUCGUUGACCCCGAUGUGCGAGGCUAUGUUUAUGGCCUGGUCACAGCUCUUGGAGGUUUCAACGGUGAAGAUGCUGAUCGAUAUGUGCUCGGAGACGACGCCCUGGCCUGUUUGCGCGAUAUCAAACGGUGGUUGAAAUUGUACGACGAGAAGAACAAUCGCAUGGACGUAGCGAGAUGCCUAGGAGAGGCCAACUUGAUCAAUGGAGAUCUCCUUCCGAUAAUCGCGCUCUGGUGGACUACAGGACAGAAGAACAAACAUAUGACUAGAAUCUCUCUGGCGUGUCUGGAGCUUCUUGUCCCAUUGACAUGGCCGAUAGAGUUCCACAGCCAGAUGACGGUCAACCACCAUCGCCAUACCCCCUACAUCCAACAAACCCAAGUCCAGUACAAGCGAGGUAUUCUCAAAUAUGGAGGAUCGAAUCUCCUUCGUGCUGUGAUCCGAAUCGCUCUCCCUAGCAUGGUGACUGCUCGAUCCGAACGCGAAACCCGAGACGAAGGAAUUCUCAAAUUGAUGUUAUACUUCCUGCGAAACAUUGCGAUCAUUUCCCCGAACACCCGGCUUGCUGCAGAAGGCGAAGAGGAGGAAACAUCGAGAUCUGCGACAAUCAAUGCUUUCCAUGACCAGGAUGCAUUUGCUCUUCUCUUGACUAUGUGCUCGAAUGUUGGCGAUGACUUCAACCUUCAGGACAUCAUCUUGAUGGAGAUCAUUUUCCACAUUGUGAAAGGUGUCAAUGUCGAGAAAUUGUUCAUGGAUGAUGAUCAGAGAAAGGCCAAGCGAACCGACGAGCUCAGCGAUCUCCUGAAAAAGGAGAACUCGGUACGACGAGAGUACGCAAAGAACGCCCCGACACGCCAUGGUCGAUUUGGUACAAUGAUCUGGGUCAAGCGAGAUGAUGCGAAGGUAUCUACCGUCUCUGGGCAAGACGUUUUGCGGGAUGACCAGACUACUCUUCACAAGAUGGACCAAAGCAAAAAGUGGGACAAGCCCAAGCCUCGGCGCAAGCAAGACGAUGCGGUCCAAAACAGCAACUUCAACAUGCCGGCUCAUUUGAACUCGGAAGCAACUAAGAACCUACGGACUUUUGUUGAGGAGUUCUUGGAUUCCGGAUUCAACCCGCUCUUCACCCAUGUGCGGAAAGCCAUUGAACGCGAAGCUGAGCGAGUACUGGAUAUUAAUACCCGUCAGUUCUUCUAUACCGUUGGGUGGUUCCUCGAGGCAGAGCGUGCGAGGAGAGCCUGGCAGUCCCGUCAGCGCGCAGCCCAAAGUGGAGGAAGAACCAAGGAUAUUGAGCCGGAUAGCUAUGGUUUGGUCGCAGGAGUUCUAAAUCAAGAGACCUUCAUCUCCUUGAAUCGUGCCAUGCAGAACAGCUUGGACAACAAGGAGUGGCAGGACCUUAACGCUCAAAUGCGUUGCUUCACACAGGUCCUGUUGACCGUGCAGGAAAUGGCCGUGUCACCACUCGAGGAAGACCAAGAAAUUGCCGAGAAUAUCCAGAAUCGAAUCUUCUACGAAGAAACCACACAUGACAGGAUUCUGGCAAUUCUACGGGGAUACAAAGACCAAGGCUUCGGCUACCUGGAUGCAUGCACUGAAUUGGCUCAUGUCUUCUUGCGAAUGCUGGAGCGUUACUCCAAAGAUAACGCCGAUAUGCAGAUUCGAUCCCGCCGAAAGGCUAAGCACAAACAGAAGAAAGCCGAAAAAGGCAAUGAAGAUGGAGGAGAUGAUGACGAGGAACACGAUUCUGAAGCCGAAGACGAGGUAGACGUCGCUCAGGUCACCAAAGAGCGUAGCUUUGACUUCAAGCGGUUCGCGGCCAAAUUUUGCAACCAGAGUUGCGUUGACACGUUUGUUGCAUUCACUGGUUUCUACAAAGAACUUAACCCGGAGCAACUCAAGCGUGCCCACCGCUACUUCUACCGCAUUGCAUUUAAGCAGGAGAUGACCACUCUGCUGUUCCGUGUUGAUAUCAUCAGUUUGUUCUACCGAAUGAUCAAGGGCCCAGGACCCAUGGACUCAAGCAAAUCUGUUUGCAAAGAAUGGGAAGAACUGGUGCGGCAAGUCAUUCGACGAAUGAUCAAGAAGCUGGACCAGCGUCCAGCCUUAAUUACUGAAAUGUUAUUCAGCAAGAUCAACUCAACGGUCUACUACCUUGAGUUUGGACACGAGAAGCAGACAUCGUACCGAUCUAAGCGAGCGCCAGCGGACCUCAUCAUCACAUCACCGGAGGCGACUACCAAGGAAGCCGAGCUAAAGAUUGUGGUUGGAGCCCUCGUUCUUGACGGUAGAGCAGAUCUUGUGAACUGGAUUAUUCAUGUCUUGAGCUCGGGAGCCUCUGAAAGAGAAGCAUGGGAAGCCCAGGAUGAGAUUCGGCAGGCUGAGUCUCCCGAGGCUGACAGCGUUCCCAACCCACUGAUUACUGUUAAGAGUAAGGACGAAGCCUGUAAAAGUGCCAUGUUCUCAAACGCCAAGCUGCGUCUGCUGAUGAAGCUCGUUGGUUUCGAGCGACUCGGUGUCGAAGACGUGGUUGGUGCCGCUUGGGUUAUCCCGGCAUCUCAGGGAUCCAAGACCCUGCAUGAGACAAUUUCGGAAAUCCAAGAGGCCCUCAAAAUACCAUUCUCCGGAGAUGGUGAUGAUGAUCCUCGCAAGCAUCUUACCCAGAAGAAACCAGGAGGUCCCCGGGCCACGGUCCAAGGCACGCUCGAUGUUCAGUUCGGAUCCGACUCGGAAGGCGAAGAUGUGAUUCCGGAUGGAAUGCUAUUUCCACCAAACCCGCGGUCGAAAGCCAAUGCCUUGGAUCAAUUAAAGAAAAAGCGCAAGAAGAAGUCCAAAGAUACAGAGACCACUGAAGUGGACGAUGAAACUUUGCAGGCGCGGCGUGAUGCACGUCUUUCCAACGCGCUUUCUCGUCAGGCAAAGAUCAAGAGUGAUCUCUUCAUUCAUGCCAGCGAUGAAGAGAGCGACGAGGAAGCAGACAAGGAAUUCUUCCGUCUGGAAGAAGAACGACGAAAGAAGCACGAUGCUGCCGUCAAGCAUGCCAUCCGCACUGGUGCCACGGACACAUCAAGCAAGAGCAAAGGCAAGGGCAAGAAAGCCACCGGACGCAAGCGAAGCGACACGGGCGACUCUACGUCCGCUAAGACUAAGCGACAGCGCCGCGAUUCUGGAUCUGCUGGAAGCGAUGCGGAUAGUGAUGCCGACGCCGAUGGCGACAUCCUCAUGGCGGAGCUUGAUGCUCAAUCGUCGCACUCUCCGCAGGAAGUCUCUACUAGCCACGGUGCUGGAGAUGAUGAAGAAACCCCUCUCACAUCUGGCGAAGACGAUCUUGAAUUCGAUGAUGACCUGGCCUUCCUGCGUGAUCGUCGGAGCAAACCCGAACCUGCAGCACCUGAGAAUGAUGGCGAUGACGAGGAUGCGCCUGUAGCUGCUUCUCGAAGACGGAUGCGAGGAGGGUUCGUGAUUGAGAGUGAUUCAGAAUGA